CGUAACUGCAGCGAGUGUCUGGCACUUCUCCGUUGCUGCACUUUCCUCUGGAUCCUCCCUACCCCUUUCCCCCAUUUUCAGGACCAUCGCACUGGCUCCACCAUCCCUGCUGCCUCAGUGGAAUUGGUUCUCGUUCUUACAGCUGGGCCGCCUUCCGUUGUUCGCAGCCUCGGCACACUCACGAUUCCCUUUGGCUUAUAACGCUUCCAUUUAUUGAUUUUUUAUAAACUUGCCACCUCAGUCCUCCUCUUUGCCUAUCGCCCCAGGAAUGAGUAUAGAAAUCCCUGAGGGGCUGACCGAGCUGCUUCAGGCCUUUACUGUGGAGGUGCUGAGGAAGCAGCCCGAGGACCUAAUUGACUUUGCCCUGCAGUACUUCACCCAGCUCCGGGAAUCUCAGGGUCAGGGGGCCACCCUCAGCCAUGGCAUGGACUCUCCCUUCAAACAUUUCAAGGGGGUUAACUUUUCAGAGGAGCCCAUGCAGACCGACUCUGAAAACGGCGACGAAGAGGAAGAUGAUGACGAGGAGGAAUUUGUUCCUCCUGUAAUAAAUAGAUUCACCAGACGUGCAUCGGUGUGUGCAGAAGCCUAUAAUCCUGACGAAGAAGAUGAUGACACGGAUAUUAGGGUUAUCCAUCCAAAGACAGAUGACCAGCGGAAUAGACUGCAAGAAGCUUGUAAAGAUAUUCUCAUUUUUAAGAGUUUAGAUCAAGAACAGAUGUCCCAAGUACUGGAUGCCAUGUUUGAGAAACUGGUCAAAUGUGGAGAACACAUAAUUGAUCAAGGUGAUGACGGAGACAACUUUUAUGUAAUUGACAGGGGAACCUACGACAUUUAUGUAAAGAUAGAUGGAAUUGGAAGGUGUGUUGGUGCCUAUGACAACCAUGGAAGUUUUGGAGAACUAGCAUUAAUGUAUAACACACCUAGAGCAGCUACAAUUGUCGCUACUUCUCCCGGGGCCAUUUGGUGUUUGGAUAGAGCAACCUUCCGGAGGAUUAUUGUUAAAAAUAAUGCCAAAAAGAGAAGAAUGUAUGAAAAUUUCAUAGAAUCCUUACCAUUCCUAAAGUCACUAGAAUUGUCAGAGCGUUUGAAGGUGGUGGAUGUUAUAGGCACCAAAACAUACAGUGAUGGAGAACAAAUCAUCGCUCAGGGUGAUGGAGCAGAGAGUUUUUUUAUUGUAGAGUCUGGAGAAGUGAGAAUAACAAUGAAGACCAAGAGCAAGCAAGAUGCUGAAGUCAAUGAAGCUGUUGAAAUUGCUCGUUGUUCCAGAGGACAGUAUUUUGGAGAACUUGCCUUGGUCACUAAUAAACCCAGAGCUGCAUCAGCCUAUGCAGUGGGAAAUGUCAAAUGUUUAGUGAUGGACGUACAAGCAUUCGAAAGGCUUUUGGGGCCAUGUAUGGAGAUCAUGAAAAGAAACAUUGCCAACUAUGAAGAGCAGCUUGUUGCAUUAUUUGGGACAAACAUGGACAUUACCGAUGCAACUGCAUGAGUGGAGGACCAGCAAAAGGAAACAUAGCACAGUACUGAUCAGUCCCCUGGGAAUGUGUUUAUAUUCUGUGUAGAUAUCAGGCAUAAUCUGUGAAUUUAUGUUAGCCCCUUAGUGCCAGAAGAGCUUGUAACUCAUUACUGCAAUAUAUCAGACAGCACUUAAAGGGUUAAUAUUUUAUAACUGAUUUCUUGGUUUAUCAUUUUUUACAUUUUACUACAGAUACUCCAUUUAAGAACACCGUGAUUUUUUUUAGACAAUAAACCUGCAAUAUUUCCUAAAUAUUAGGGUAUAGAAAGCCAAUAUCAGCAUCUUAUACACUCUGCUGCCCAGAUAAUCAAUGAAAUAAGAAUAAAA